AUAAAACACGUCUCAAUGGGUCCCUGGAUGGUGAUAUUUUUUUCAUUGUACGGAUUUCUCAACGGGCAAGAAUCCAAAGAUUCAAUUAUGAUGGAAGACUGCUGUAUGGAUGGCCGUCAGCGAGGCAUGGAAAAUCAAGACUGCACAGUUUUGCCUCUUAUCUCAGCAUCCACCACUUGCAGGAUAGCACAGGAGCAGUGUUGUGUGGCAGUCCGUGAGGAUAUCAACUGCACUAAUGGCAUUAAUAUGGCUAAAGACCAAGGGGCCUGUGAAACUCUGUUCUCUGGGAGUACCUGUGAGAUAAAGACUGCCAAGAUGUGCUGUGAUUGUUGCCUCCUGGGUAAAGCGGCUCAGGAGCAGGGCUUGUCCUGUGACCUCACCCUCUCGGUCGGCUACCAGUGUGGUCUGGUAUCUCGUGCCUGCUGUCAGGAUAGUUUCCCUAACACCACCUCCCCUGAAACUCCUGAACAAGACAACCAGGCAUCUAAUGGAUUUGGGGAGCCGUUACAGGGUGACCAAUGUAAAGACGGGGCAAGAUGUGGCCAGAAUUGUCGGGGUAAUGGCACCUGCGUUUGCUCCCAGGGGUAUAAAUUGAAACCAGAUGGACAGAAUUGUGAGGACAUAAAUGAGUGCCUCCUGGGUUCUCACCACUGCCGUCCUGGCGAGCGUUGCAUUAACACUUUGGGCUCAUACCGAUGCCAGCGGGAGGUCAGCUGUGGCACAGGCUAUGAGCUCACUGACUCCAACAACUGCAAAGAUAUUGAUGAGUGUGAGACAGGCACACACAACUGUGCAGAGAAUUUUGAGUGUCAGAACACCCUGGGCUCUUUCCGCUGCCGGCCAAAAAUACAGUGUGGGGAUGGCUUCAUCCAGGAUGCUCUUGGCAGCUGCAUUGAUAUCAAUGAGUGUCUGAGUCGAGUUGGACCUUGCCAACCGGGGCAGAUGUGCAUUAACACAGUGGGUUCCUAUGUAUGCCAAAGGAACUCUAUCAACUGUGGGCGUGGCUACCACCUAAAUGCAGAGGGGACCCGCUGUGUGGACAUUGACGAGUGCAUUGGGCCCGAUAACCCUUGUGCUGGUCAUGGCUGCAUUAACCUGGUGGGGUCUUACCGUUGUGAAUGUCGCACUGGCUUCAUCUUCAACAGCAUUACCAGAGUCUGUGAGGACAUCAAUGAAUGCAGGCAUUAUCCUGGCCGCCUAUGUGCACACAAGUGUGACAACUUGCUGGGGUCCUACAAGUGUAGCUGCACCACAGGCUUUAAACUUGCCAGUGACGGGAGGAAUUGUGAUGAUCUUAAUGAAUGUGAAAGCAACCCCUGCAGCCAGGAGUGUGCCAAUGUGUAUGGCUCCUAUCAGUGCUACUGUCGCCGUGGUUACCAGCUGAGUGACGUGGAUGGCAUCACCUGCGAGGAUAUUGAUGAAUGUGCCUUACCGACGGGAGGACAUAUUUGCUCCUACCGCUGCCACAAUACUCCUGGGAGCUUCCACUGCUCGUGCCCGUCCAGUGGCUACACUCUCGCUCCAAAUGGACGGAGCUGUCAGGAUAUUGAUGAGUGUGUGACAGGAACACAUACCUGCUCCGAGACUGAGAGCUGUUUCAACGUGCAAGGCGGAUUCCGCUGCCUUUCAUUCGAAUGUCCGCCCAACUACCGCCGGGCAGGGGAAACCAGGGUAAGGGUUGAACGCUCAGACACCAUCCGCUGUGUGAAAUCCUGCCAACCCAAUGACAUCAGCUGUGUUUUGGACCCCGUCCAUUCCAUCUCACACACUGUCAUCUCUAUGCCCACUUUCAGGGAUUUUUCCAAACCAGAAGAAAUUGUUUUCCUUAGAACAAUGUCACCAGCACAUGCUCCCCAAAUCAACUCCCCCGAUAUUGUCUUCGACAUUCUAGAAGGGAACGUUCAGAGCUCAUUUGAUAUUGUCAAGCGCGUCGAACAUGGCAUAAUUGUGGGUGUCGUCCGUCAGGUGAAACCUUUAGUCGGCCCCCUGAAUCUCGUUUUGAAGUUGGCAAUGAACUACGUCACGAAUGGGGUUGUCUCUCAUCGGAACAUUGUCAACGUCCACGUCUUUGUCUCAGAAUUUUGGUUCUGAACACAGUACACUCUGCCGUGGAUUACAUGAUAUUUUAAGUGUCCAUUU